AUGAUGGAGAUUGUAGGACACAGGGCCUUCAAGGGCCAGUACAUUGAGAACACUUGGACGGCUUUCGAACGGGCUUACGAGGCCAAGACUGAUGUUAUCGAGACCGAUUUGCAGAUGACGAGCGACGGAGUGGUUAUGGUGAAUCACGACACUGAUACCGGCAGAAUUUGGGACCAAAAUCUGGUAAUUGGGGAUCAUACGUUUGAGGAGAUUAAACAAUUGCGUUGCAAGGAUGAUAAGAAUGCUCAGAUGCCCUCUUUAGAGGAGCUGCUGAGAUGGACUGUAGAACACCCUCAUGGGAAGAUUAUGCUCGAUAUCAAGUUCACCAAUAAUAAGAUAAUCCUGGUCAAGACUUUUGCCACGAUGUUGAGAGUCAAGGACGAUUUGGAGUAUUGGCAAUCGCGUAUUAUUUGGGGUCUUUGGUUACUCGACUGGUUUGAGUACGGAAUUGAGACAGGUGUGCUGAAAGACUUCCAAGUGAUCGUGAUUUCUUUAUCCCUCGAUAUUGCUCGAGGGUUUAUCGAUUACUCGCUGAAGUUAAAUAAUCCACAUUACAAGCUUUAUGGGAUAAGUAUUCACUAUGUGGCAUCAUGGACCGAUACGUUUAGGAAAGAAAUGGUACCGGUACUAAAGAAGCAUGAUAUUAAAGUGUUUCUAUGGACUGUCAAUAAAGUUAUCGAUUUCAAAUGCACAGCUGGACUGCCUAUUCACGGUGUGGUGACCGAUGACCCAAUUGUCGCUCGCCAGCUAUGUCUCGAGUUCUCGUCAAUCCGUGAGUUUCACAAGCCAGAUUGGACCACUAUCAAUGGGGCACGGUUCUGCUUGUAUCUCACUGUCUAUCGCAUUGUAUGCUCACUUCUUUUCAAAAGCUGGGCCCAUUAUAAAGUCGCCGGAAUCUCCGUAGCAUACCUUGUUUUCCUGCUGCUCAGAUCCAUUCACUUUUUAUAG